AUGGAGCCGCUGGUGGACUACGAUGGCUACGAGGGCUGGGGCGCGGACGCGACGACGCUCUUCGAGCUCCUUCAUGCGCCCACCGCAGAUGCGCCGCCGGCUGUAGCACCGAGCGCAGGUGUGCGCAAGCCCAUCAACGAGGACGACGACACGAGCUCGGACGCGAGCAAGAAUUCGACCGCGCAGCAGCGGUACCGCAAGCGCCAGAAGCGCGAGCUCGACUAUCUUCGCGAGCAGGUGGCCGAGAUGAGCGCGCACCUCUCGGUGCUCAAGAGCAUCCGCAGCAUGGAGACAGAUCAGAGCUCGUUCUGGGAGAAGAAGGCGCGCGUGCAAAAGUUGAGCAGCCAAAAGGCCGCGCAGGAGAACACCCGGCUAAAAGAAGCGGUCGAGGAGCAGCUCAAGAUCGCCGAGACGCUGGAUCAGCUGCUUGUCAAGCGGCCCAAGCUGGCGGCCUUUCCGACCAUGGACAUGGUCGAGUGGAAGAUGCGACGCAUGCCGCUCGACGAUGCGGGCCGCCACGCGUGCUUUCACGCGCUCAUGGCCGACGUCUACGACCGCGCGUUCAAGGUUUCGGCCAACACGGCCGAAGACGCGAUUCUGAUCGACGUUCAGGCCGUGAGCCUCAUUCCAUCGCACUUUAUGGAUGCCGGCAUGCACAUUUGGUCGAUUUGGUGCGAUCCCAACCACUCGGCGCUCAAGGGAAUCUUCGAAUCCAAGACGCUCGAGACUUUCGGCGACGACACGUCGUACCUUGAGCAAAUCGAGUCGCUGCGCGGUGGGCGGCCGUACCUGCGCCGGCUCGCGGCCAUGAAGCGCUUUGUCGAGGACGACCGCAUCGUCUUUGUCAUGAACACGGUCUUGCACGACCCCAAGCAUCCACCUGUGGACGGACUAUACAGUGGCAAUGACGUGGUCACACUGGUGCUCGAGCGCGUGAGCGACACCGAGUCGCGGCGACGUCUCUGCCUCCAUGGACAGCUCCCGAUCGCACCGCCGCCCGGCAGUCCUCUUGUCUCGAACCCGCGGGAUCUCAUCUGCGACUUUAUCUUGCACGAAGUUACCCACACGUUCGAUGUGCUCGACCAAGUGAUGCAGUGA